AUGGGAGGUUUCAAAGCCGUGGAGGAUCGGCCGACGCCAAAGGAAGUCUACAACUGGCGUCUGUACAUUGAGGCUUCCAUCAUCGCAACUGGAUCUCUACUUUUCGGUUACGAUUCCGCCUUCAUUGGAACCACCAUCGCCCGAAGUGGUUUCAAGAGAGAUUUUGGCAUCACCUCGGAGAACUCCAACAACAUUUCAAGUAACAUUACUUCGGCUUUCCAAGCUGGUGCUCUCGGCGGCGCACUUCUUUGCUUUUUCAGUAGGUUUCAUGUUUGCAGUGCAGAGAAGGAUUGGCUGACGUUUGUAGUUACCGAGCACAUUGGCCGAAAAUGGACUCUGCAAGCGAACGUGGUAAUUUUCCUCGUUGGCGCCAUUCUCAUGGUCGCCACAACUAACGAAUUAUCUUACAUCUACGCGGGUCGCGCGUUGACCGGCAUCGGGUGUGGCGGAAUUACAGCCACAGUCCCCUCUUACAUCGGAGAGCUAUCGAUUCCUUCAAUCCGCGGUAUCCUUACCGGUCUCUUUGAAGUCGCCUACCAAAUUGGGUCUGUAAUUGGCUUUUGGAUCAACUAUGGCAUCACUCAGAACAUCAAUCCGAACUCGGCAAUCAGCUGGAGAAUACCGAUGGCCUUCCAGCUUGUCCCGUCUGGCAUUCUCUUCAUCGGGUGCUUCUUCAUUCAUGAAAGUCCUCUUUGGUUGAUGCGCAAGGGCAAGACAGAACAGGCACACAAGGUCCUCGAGUCGAUCAGGCACCUCCCUAUCGACCAUAAAUACAUGCAAGAGGAGAUCGACAUGCUUCAGAAGAAGAUGGACGAGGAAGCAGUCGUCGCCAGCGGAUACGGAAACGGACAAUGGGCGUACUUCCGUGGCGUCGUCAACAUGCUUUGCCGCAAGGGCAUGUGGAACCGAUUGGUCCUCGUUUUCUGUGCUUUCGCUCUGAAUAACCUCUCUGGUGCAGCUGCACUGAAUUACUACUCACCAACACUCUUCGCCUCAAUCGGAAUCACGGAUGUUGCGCUCUACACCGGUAUUUACGGCUUGAUCAAAGCCAUCGCAUCGAUUAUUUACUUCGUUUUCCUCAUCGAUCUGCUCGGAAGACGUUGGCCUGCUAUUACAUCAUCUUUCAUCUGCUCACUCUGCCUCUGGGUGGUCGGCACAUAUGUCAAGAUUGGGCAUCCUGCCGACAUCAUUGCAGCUGGAAAAGAACUCUCACCAUCUACUGCUGCAGGUGGUAAGGCCGCCACGGGCAUGAUUAUGAUCUAUUCUAUCUGCUGGUCUUUUGGACUCAACGGUAUCCCGUGGAUUGUGUCUGCAGAGAUAUUCCCUGGUGCUCUCCGUAACUUUACCGGAACCUAUGCUGCCCUCGUUGUCUGGGCUACCCAGUUCGCUAUUACCAAGGCUCUUCCGUACAUCUUUUCCGCCUUUGGCUACGGAACUUGGUACUUCUUCGCGGCUUGGAUGAUAGUUGCAACGUUAUGGGCAUACUUCUUUUUGCCCGAAACAAAAGGUCUCACAAUGGACCAGAUGGACGUUAUCUUCGGCUACGCCCAUGACGCUCUUCCUGAGUCGUCCACGAAAGUCAUCAAUAACACGUUCGAUGACAUUGAUAAGGCUAAGCGAAGCGAGCACACGGAGGAUGUCUAA